AAAACAUGAAAUUCUCGCUCACUUUCCUAUUAGUGAGCCUUCUCAUUCUUGUCCCGCACGUGACGGUCGCCGAAAGUGAUGCAGUUAAAGACGUGGAUACCGUCGACGUGAAGCUCGAUGAGACCGCUGUAGUGGAGAAAACUGAAGAAAAAGAGGCACAGAAGGAGCACAAGAAAAUCUCCUCAGAAGACAUUUCAUUCUAUCACGGAUUUCUCGCCUCAUUUUCAGUGAUUGUUGUAUCAGAAUUGGGUGAUAAAACAUGGUUUAUCGCAGUUAUUAUGUCAAUGAGACACUCUCGUCUUACUGUAUUCUCUGGUGCAAUGGGUGCUCUUGCUUUGAUGACUGUACUCUCCGCAUGUCUUGGAUGGAUAACCCAAGUAAUUCCACGUGCCGUCACCUACUACUUAUCCACGGCUCUUUUUGCUCUUUUUGGGCUCAAAAUGCUCCAUGAGGGAUGGACAAUGUCACCGAAUGAGGGCCAAGAAGGUUACGAAGAAGCUCAAGCUGAAGUUGCAAAACGUGAAGGAGAGCUUGACGCCGGGAAAUUUGAAAUGCUCGAAGGCGGUGGUGGAGUUGCUUCUCAAAGCGAAACGCGUAAAAUCUUCCUGUUCACAUCACGAAUCUUCAUUGAAGCCUUCUCAUUGACAUUUGUUGCCGAAUGGGGAGAUCGAUCACAGCUUACCACUAUUAUUUUGGGAGCAAGAGAGAAUAUUGCUGGAGUUAUCGGUGGUGGAAUUCUCGGACAUGCUCUGUGCACAGGAAUUGCUGUUAUUGGAGGAAAGAUCGUUGCUCAGAGGAUAUCUGUUAGAACGGUAACCCUGAUCGGUGGUGUUGUAUUCCUGCUCUUUGCCCUCUCAGCUCUCUUCAUCAAUGAUAUUGAAUCGGCAGUGGAUUCAUAGAAGGAAGGAGGACAUAUUUCUACAAUAACCCAAUCAAUCAAUAAUUCCUGUGUGCGCCUUUAAAUUAUUAAUAUCCCCCCUUUUUUUCUCCAUUUUUCCUUAAAAAUUUGGAAUUUUUGCUUUUUUGCUUUUUUUUGAUUUUCUACCCAAUUUUUUGGGUUUUUCUCCAUUUUUUCCCCUGAAAAUUGUGAUUUCUACGCAAAAUUUCGAGAAUUUUGCAAUUUUUUUCGAUUUCCCUCUUGGUUAGCACGGGUUGCAGCCAUUCUCUCGUUUUUCACUAGAAAUAUUUCGUUUUAUUGUGAUCCAAAAAAUAUUUUAUUUUUCCCUGAGAAUAUAUAGUAGGUUUUGAGUGUAAUUUUUGAAUUCUCUAUGAAAAUGGCCCCCCU